UUGUGCCAAACACAGAUUUUCCGUGUGUGUCGCACUUAUUUUUUUCUUUUUUGUAUUGCUCAUUUCCUAUUUUCAAAUACCCGUGACAUUAGAACCAAGAGAAUAGAGACAACUAAUACAGCUCUAGCAAGCCAAAUCCGCGGCGUAUCAUCAGAGCAGAUUUCAGCAAAUCUCAACGCCAUUUUCUAUGAACACUUAACUCGCAGUCUUCAGCGUUGCCUGGCCGGUGAUAUCCAAUUGGGUAGAUGGUGCCCUGGCAGCGUUUCGGCGGGCGACAUUUUCAUCCUGGCAAGUGAUGAACUUCACUUUCUCGUGCAUAUAAUAGAAGUUGGCAAUGGAUUUGUUACCUUCCAGCUUCGUGGUCUCGAGUUUGUUGGCACUUAUUGUCACGAGCGAGAGACUGAGGGCUUGCGCACUGAAGCACCUACCUUCCGUUGCGUUCGCCAAAGAAACGCCCUGCCACUACUUAGUCUCAACUCUGCCUUACAUUUGCGCUGGGUGGCUUGGGAGUUCGUAUAUUCUCCCUACCUGUUGGACGGCUAUCGUAUGACUGACCAUAGUGCAGGUACAUCUCUUCAACUCAUUGAUCUACGCAAAGUGGUGGUUGACUUUUUUGUGCAGACUUGUAGUGUAUAG